AUGGAGCAGGGAUUGUUGAACCCAAAUGGCGAGUAUGAUCUUGCUGAUAUCUACAAGAGCUGGAACCUUAGUCGCCACUGGAUUAUGUGGCGCCAGUUCUUGAUGAAUCUCAUCUGUCAUGGCUUCACUGCAUAUGGGUUUUAUAUGGCUACCAUACGUUGGCCCCCUCAGCUAUCCCCUCUGUUAACUGUAGCAGGUUACUUUGCGGCCUGGAUCUUGUCAGGAUUUAUGCUUUUUCAAUUUGGUCGAAAGAAAAUUAUCACAUACGGUUUUCUUGUUGGGGGCAUCAGUGGUAUUUUUUCCGCAUUGAUCACGAAUCAGUGGGUGGUGCUUCUGCUGGUGGUGAUAUUAUACUGUGGACUUUUCACUCCAGCAGCAAUACCUUUGCCUGAUGAUUGGAACGACGGCGGCGGUUUGGUUGUGUUCAUAAUGGUCGGUUUCAUGAGGUAUAUGGCUUACAUGGCCUGUAUUGUGGCUGCCAUCGUUGCUCCACCAGUUGGAUGGCAAGUUCAAGCCUUUGCACUUGUGGGAUCGACCGCUGCUAUUGUCUAUGCGAUGCUGGUUCAUUUCUACUUGUUGGAGUCCCCACUAGAAAUUCUAGAUGGUUAUAAUGCUUUAGCAACAAUGGAUAUGGACCAGCUGCUUGCUAUUCGACAAGAGAAGGCCAUUGAAGCUUUGAGGGUGUUUGCGGAGGCCACAGGGAAGACUCUACCAGAAAAUUUGAAGAGCCUCAGGAAAGUUAGUCCGUUGGUGUAAUUGGCUUGUGUGUGCCUGAACUUUAAUAUUUUGAAUUCUCAUGAAUGUAAAAAAA